AUGAGUGUUGAGGCGUACGGGCCCAGCUCGCAGACCCUAACGUUCCUGGAUACCGAAGAAGCGGAGCUACUUGGAGCGGAUACUCAGGGUUCAGAGUACGACUUCACCGACUUUACCUUGCCGAGCCAGACCCAAGGCCAAACCCAGAACCAGCUAGAUAGCCAGGUUGAUAUCCAUGACAGUGUGCUACAAAAUGGAGAUGACCCUGUGGCAAAAGCCAGUCAGUUGCUGGCAGAGUUGAAUUUUGAAGAGGACGAGGAGGAUACCUACUAUACCAAAGACCUUCCAUUACAUGCCUGCAGUUAUUGUGGGAUUCACGACCCUGCCUGUGUUGUCUACUGCAACACUAGCAAGAAGUGGUUUUGUAAUGGCCGUGGUAACACAUCUGGCAGCCACAUUGUAAACCACCUGGUGAGAGCAAAGUCCAAGGAGGUGACCCUUCACAAAGAUGGCCCCCUGGGUGAAACUAUUUUGGAAUGUUACAACUGUGGCUGUCGAAAUGUCUUCUUACUGGGGUUCAUUCCUGCGAAGGCUGACUCUGUUGUGGUGUUGUUGUGCAGGCAACCUUGUGCUAGUCAGAGUAGUUUGAAGGACAUCAACUGGGACAGCUCACAAUGGCAGCCUCUCAUUCAGGAUCGUUGCUUCCUUUCCUGGCUGGUGAAAAUCCCCUCAGAACAAGAGCAGCUCCGGUCACGCCAGAUCACUGCCCAGCAGAUAAACAAGCUGGAGGAGCUCUGGAAGGAAAAUCCCACUGCGACUUUAGAGGACUUGGAGAAGCCUGGAGUAGAUGAAGAGCCACAACAUGUCUUGCUACGUUACGAGGACGCCUACCAGUACCAGAACAUCUUUGGCCCCCUUGUGAAACUUGAGGCUGACUAUGAUAAAAAACUCAAAGAGUCACAGGCAUAUAUGCGACUGAUGCAGGGAGAUGAAAUUUGUCUCAGAUACAAAGGAGACUUGGCCCCUCCAUGGAAAGGAAUUGGACAUGUUAUCAAAGUCCCUGAUAACUAUGGUGAUGAAAUUGCCAUAGAGCUGAGGAGUAGUGCAGGAGUUCCAGUGGAGAUUCCUCACAACUUUCAAGUUGACUUUGUGUGGAAGUCAACUUCUUUUGAUAGGAUGCAAAGUGCCUUGAAAACAUUUGCAGUGGAUGAGACCUCAGUGUCUGGUUACAUCUACCACAAACUACUAGGACAUGAGGUUGAGGAUGUAGUCAUCAAGUGCCAGCUGCCCAAGCGCUUCACUGCUCAAGGCUUACCUGAUCUUAACCACUCUCAGGUGUAUGCUGUAAAAACAGUUCUGCAGCGUCCACUCUGUCUGAUCCAGGGUCCCCCUGGCACAGGGAAGACGGUCACCUCUGCUACUAUUGUAUACCACCUAGCACGGCAGGGCAAUGGACCAGUGCUGGUUUGUGCUCCAAGUAACAUUGCUGUGGACCAGCUUACUGAGAAGAUCCACCAGACAGGUUUAAAAGUGGUGAGACUGUGUGCAAAAAGCAGGGAGGCCAUAGACUCACCCGUGUCCUUCCUGGCUCUGCACAACCAGACCCGUAACAUGGACAGUAUGCCAGAGCUUCAGAAGCUCCAGCAGCUGAAGGAUGAGACCGGAGAAUUGUCCUCCUCAGAUGAGAAGCGCUACAGAGCUUUGAGACGGACUGCUGAGAGAGAGCUGCUUAUGAAUGCUGAUGUGAUCUGCUCUACAUGUGUUGGAGCAGGGGAUCCUCGUCUGGCCAAAAUGCAGUUCAGAUCAAUUUUGAUUGAUGAGAGUACCCAGGCUACUGAACCUGAAUGUAUGGUUCCUGUUGUUUUGGGGGCCAAACAGUUAAUUUUGGUGGGUGAUCACUGCCAACUGGGACCUGUGGUGAUGUGUAAGAAAGCAGCCAAAGCAGGUCUCUCCCAGUCUCUUUUUGAGCGUCUUGUUGUUUUGGGAAUCCGGCCUAUUCGACUUCAAGUCCAAUACCGCAUGCACCCAGCCCUUAGCGCGUUCCCCUCCAACAUCUUCUAUGAAGGUUCUCUACAGAAUGGAGUCACUGCUGCUGACCGUGUGAAAAAGGGCUUCGACUUCCAGUGGCCACAACCUGACAAGCCAAUGUUUUUUUAUGUUACUCAAGGCCAGGAAGAAAUUGCUAGCUCUGGAACAUCCUAUCUCAAUAGGACUGAGGCAGCCAAUGUGGAGAAAAUAACAACAAGGUUGUUGAAGGCUGGUGCUAAACCUGAUCAGAUUGGCAUCAUCACCCCCUAUGAGGGACAGAGGUCCUACUUGGUCCAGUACAUGCAGUUCAGUGGCUCUCUCCAUACCAAGCUUUACCAGGAGGUGGAAAUAGCCAGUGUCGAUGCUUUCCAAGGCAGAGAGAAAGACUUUAUUAUCUUGUCCUGUGUGAGAGCCAAUGAACACCAGGGUAUUGGCUUUCUCAAUGAUCCCAGACGUCUGAAUGUAGCACUUACCAGAGCUAGAUAUGGUGUGGUUAUUGUGGGAAAUCCAAAAGCCCUGUCAAAGCAACCUCUGUGGAACCACCUGCUGAAUUACUACAAGGAGCAGAAGGUGCUUGUUGAAGGGCCUCUAAACAACCUGAGAGAGAGUCUAAUGCAAUUCAGCAAACCCCGCAAGCUUGUCAACAACAUCAAUCCUGGUGGUCGAUUCAUGAGCACAGCCAUGUAUGAUGCCAGGGAGGCACUAAUUCCAGGAUCUAUUUAUGAUCGCAGCAGCAAUGGGCGUUCAUCCAGCAUGUAUUUCCAAACUCAUGACCAGAUUGGUAUGAUUGGCACAGGCCCCAAUCCCAUAUCGUCUAUGAACAUACCCAUUCCCUUCAACCUUGUGAUGCCUUCUAUACCCCCCCCAGGGUACUUUGGGCAGUUAAAUGGUCCCACUGCAGGUCGUAGUGGAAGUCUUAAGGUUAAGUCAGGUAGUGGAGGGGGGACUCGAGGUGGUCGUCAAAGAAGCCGCAGCAAUGUGGGAAACAACAGUGGAGGGAAUGACCGUGGUCAGCAUGGCCAUAUGACUUGUAGCCAGGCUAGUCAAGACCAGAGCUCCCAGCCAUUCUCCCAGGGACCUCUGACACAGGGCUACAUAAACAUGAGCCAGCCAUCACAGAUGAGCCAGCCAGGGCUUUCACAGCCUGAGCUUUCACAGGACAGUUACUUAGGAGACGAAUUUAAGUCCCAGAUUGAUGUGGCUUUGUCCCAAGACUCCACCUACCAGGGGGAGCGCGCUUACCAACAUGGCGGAGUCACUGGACUGUCCCAGUACUAG